AAGAGUGAGACUCCCGUCUCAAAAAAAAAAAAAACAAAAAAAGAGGUUAUUAAUAUUAUUUGGCAUUUCUACUUCGCCUGCCCACAGAUGUAGUUUUCUCCGCACGUGCACGCCUUCCCUCCUCCCCGCCCUCAGGGUCCACGGCCACCAUGGCAUAUCAGGGGCAGCAGUGCCUGCGGCAGCAUUGGCCUUUGCAGCGGCGGCAGCAGCACCAGGCUCUGCAGCGGCACCCCCCAGCGGCUUAAGCCAUGUCGCUUCUCACGGCAUUCAGCAGCAGCAUUGCUGUAACCGACAAAGACACCUUCGAAUUAAGCACAUUACUCAAUUCCAGCAAAGCACCGCAACAUGACCGAAAUGAGCUUCCUGAGCAACGAGGUGUUGGUGGGGGACUUGAUGUCCCCCUUCAACCAGUCGGGUUUGGGGGCUGAAGAAAGCCUAGGUCUCUUAGAUGACUACCUGGAGGUGGCCAAGCACUUCAAACCUCAUGGGUUCUCCAGCGACAAGGCUGAGGCGGGCUCCUCGGAAUGGCUGACUGUGGAUGGGUUGGUCAGUCCCUCCAACAACAGCAAGGAGGAUGCGUUCUCUGGGACACAUUGGAUGUUGGAGAAAAUGGAUUUGAAGGAGUUCGACUUUGGUGCCCUGUUGGGUAUAGAUGACCUGGAAACCAUGCCAGAUGACCUUUUGACCACGUUGGAUGACACUUGUAAUCUCUUUGCCCCCCUAGUCCAGGAGACUAAUAAGGCGCCCCCCCAGAUGGUGAACCCAAUUGGCCAUCUCCCAGAAAGUUUAACAAAACCCGACCAGGUUGCCCCCUUCACCUUCUUGCAACCUCUUCCCCUUUCCCCAGGGGUCCAGUCCUCCACUCCAGAUCAUUCCUUUAGUUUAGAGCUGGGCAGUGAAGUGGAUAUCACUAAAGGAGAUAGGAAGCCAGACUCCACUGCUUACGUUGCCAUGAUCCCUCAGUGCAUAAAGAAGGAAGACACCCCUUCAGAUAAUGAUAGUGGCAUCUGUAUGAGCCCAGAGUCCUAUCUGGGGUCUCCUCAGCAUAGCCCCUCUACCAGGGGCUCUCCAAAUAGGAGCCUCCCAUCUCCAGGUGUUCCCUGUGCGUCUGCCCACCCCAAACCUUACGAUCCUCCUGGAGAGAAGAUGGUAGCAGCAAAAGUAAAGGGUGAGAAACUGGAUAAGAAGCUGAAAAAAAUGGAGCAAAACAAGACAGCAGCCACUAGGUACUGCCAGAAGAAGAGGGCGGAGCAGGAGGCUCUCACUGGCGAGUGCAAAGAGCUGGAAAAGAAGAGCGAGGCUCUAAAAGAGAGGGCAGAUUCCCUGGCCAAGGAGAUCCAGUACCUGAAAGAUUUGAUAGAAGAGGUCCGCAAGGCAAGGGGGAAGAAAAGGGCCCCCUAGUUGAGGGUAGGUCAGGAGCG